AUGCUGCGCGGUCACGAGACCAAGGAGAUCAACGACCGGCCUCCGGAUUGGGCGCGACACGAGCGGAAACCGGACACGGUACGACGGAUCACUCUAACGCAGAAGCCUUUUCUGGAAGUUUACGAGGAACCGAAGCGGAAGCUACGGCAGCUGCGACAGCGGGAAAUCCAGAUGUUUUUCGUUCUCCUGUAUCGGAAGGACCAGUGGAGCGUGAUCGACCUCUACUUCCGCAUGCGGCGAUGGGCACAGAGGCUGCAGCAAGGGCAGCAACUUCAGAGAUGGUUUUCACGGCUGGGAGAUUACGUGCAGCGGAGCGUGGCUCAACAGAGCCGGCCUGGUCUGGAGACUACAGUGGUGCAGGAGACGGUUUGGUCGCCAGGAGGUUCAGCGAGAAGAGCUGGAGCGGGCAGCUCGGAGUCCCAGCCUUUGUUUGACAACACGCAGGCCAGGCGUUUGCGAGAAAUGACAUUGGCGGCGCCUCAGUUGUAUGGUGCUACAGCACCGAGAAAUGGGGGCUCGGACUCUACAUCGUCGUAUACCCGGGAGCAGAUGGAGCAAGAAGUACGACGACAAGUUGAACGGGCGAUGCAGGGACAACAGGGUUUGUCUGAUGAGAACCGGAGGCUUCGAGCAGAGCUAGAGGCUGUGAGGGCUCAGGCUAGAGAAGCUGAAGGAAAUGGUCGGCAGCAGCGAAUGUUGCAGCUACCUACGGCCGCGAGUGGAGGUGUGCGAGAAGGAGGCGGACCCGAAGGCAAUCCACCUGGACUUUCUGGACACAAUCGCGAGCUGGAGGGCUACAAGCUGAUCUGGGGUCGCAUAGGGUACCGCGAGGAAUUCCCUCUCAUCGAGGUGGAGGCGAUGAUGGGCGCGGACGCUUCGGAGGGUCAGGAGGGCAGGUUGAUGGCCACGAUCAUACACUACCUGGCGGCAAUCCUUUGGGACUACCGGGACGUGCUAGUGAUGUGGGAGGGCAGCCUGCUGAAGGAGGUCGAAGGGAUGAAGGUGGUUUAUCGUUUCGGCUGGGAUCGGGUGCUACAAGUCGUCCAGUCAAUAAUGAUGGUCAACCAGGUUCUCUACCACAGGGUCCCAGUGCUUCUCAGUUUGAUGCUGGUGUGGCUGGGGGUGUGGGAAGUGAAUGUCGAUCUCUUCGAGCGACCAGGAACCAUUGUGAUCACCAGGGCCCUGGCUGAUGAUGGCCAUGAUCGCGGCAAUGGUUGGACCCCGGAGGAGGAGGCCAAUCCGGAUCGGCAGUGCAGGGAUCCGAAGUGCCCUUCGGAGUGGGCGAUUAAGGAUGAGGCGACUGGAAAUGGGGCCGAGGAUCCGGUGGAGGACAACAUCCGUUUCGAUCCGAAGUGCCCUUCGGAGUGGGCGAAGGAUGCGAGUGGAAAUGGGGCCGAGGAUCCGGUGGAGGACACUGACAAUGGAAAGAGAAAUGAAUGGACGGAAGAAGAUGCAGGGUAUGGCAUUGGCGAAGCAGAGUGGCCAGAUGAUGAGAGGGUCGAGGGCGACAAGCCAAAGAGGGAAGACCAGCAGGAAAGCUGGGAGGAGGACAACGAGUCAGAGAAGAUCGAAGACCAUGAGGAAUGCUGGGAGGACGACAAGGAGCCAAAGAUCGAAGACCCCGAGGAGGAAUGCUGGGCUGAGGAGCCGGGUGAGCCAAAGAUCGAAGACCACCAGGACGAAUGGUGGGCAGAGGAGCAAGCUGACGAAUGGUGGGCAGAGGAGCAAGCUGAAGCUUUAUUGCGGAAUGGUGGGCAGAGGAGCAAGCUGAAGCUUUAUUGUUACUUGUGUUUCCCCGAGGACCCGGGCAGCGAGCCAAAGAUCGACGACCUCGAUUGCCGGAUCCAGAAGGGCAAUGAGCCACAGAUCGAAGACGCCCAGGAAUGCUGGGAUGUCGAGGGCAGCGGAUCCGUGAAGGAAGAGCCAUGCGAGGUGGCCGCAUGGUGGAACCAAGCUGAAGCUUUGUCGGGCUGGGACGAGGCCGCCGCUGAAAAGGAUGAUGCAACGGCAAAGGCCCUGCUGAAAGACAUUCAAGAUUUGGGAGAUGAUUUCCAGCGAAUGGGUGAGAUUGCGGAGCAGAGGGCAAAGGAUGGCCAGGCCCACAUUGCCUGGGUCGAAGAUGAGCUGCAGUAUUGGAACAAGCCAAAGGACACGUGGACGGAAGCCAAGACGCCGGUGAAGAGGAACGACACGGCUUACGGCACGGAGAAAAAGAGGUGCGACAAAAGUCUCAAGCAGCACGAAAAGGAGGAGCUCUGGAAAGACUCCGAAGAACGAUCGGAGGUCCUGAAGCUGUUCACCUGGCAAGAAGCCAAAAAGCGGCUUCCUCCCGACAGCCUAGCAUGCACUGACACCUUGCUCAGCCUGGGGCUAGCCACAUGUCCACCAGAAGCCAUGGUCAUGGAAACGAGGGCUACGCGAUUCGUGCAGGCUUGUUGGGGCACUGCAGAAGAUAUUCAGCUCGAUGAUCUGAUUGAUCCUGGGAUGCUUGAGCCAAAUGCCGAGAUGCAGCUGGCUGGCGAGGACGUCUUCCUGGGUGCCGAUGAUGUUCCUCGGCCCACGGAGGAGAUGAUGGAUGACCUGGAGGAGCAAUCUUGGCUGGCUCCGGAGCUGGCGCGACAGGCGCAGCGGAGGAGCCCCAGCACCGGCUCAGGAUGGAGCACGAAGGGCCAGGAAAGGGGAGAAGGAAAAGAGAAAGGCCAGGAAAAGGGCAAAGGAAAAGACCAGGAAAGCACCGAGAAGGACCACAAGGGAAAGGGAAAAGCGAAAGGCCAGGAAAAAGGAAAGGAGAAGGGCCAGGAAAAGGGCGAAGGAAAAGGCCAGGAAAGUACCGAGAAGGGCCAGGAGAAGGGAAAAGGAAAGGUGAAAGGCCAGGACAAGGGCAAGAGGAAAGGCCAGGAAAGCACCGAGAAGGGCCAAGAAAAGGGGAAAGGACAGGAGAAAGGUCAGGAAAAGGGCAAAGGGAAAGCCCCGGAGAGCCCCGAGAAGGGCCAGGAGAAGGGAAAAGGAAAGGAAAAAGGCCAGGAAAAGGGCCAGGAAAAGGGCAAAGGGAAAGGCAAGGAAAGCACCGAGAAGGGUCAGGAGAAGGGAAAAGGAAAGGAAAAGGGCCAGGAAAAGGGCAAAGAGAAAGGCCAGGAAAGCACCGAGAAGGGCCAGGAAAAGGGAAAAGGAAAGGUGAAAGGCCAGGAGAGCACCGAGAAGGGCCAGGAGAAGGGAAAAGGAAAGGACAAGGGCCAGGAAAAGGGCAAAGGAAAAGGGCAGGAAAGCACCGAGAAGGGCCAGGAGAAGGGAAAAGGAAAGGAAAAGGGCCAGGAAAAGGGCAAAGAGAAAGGCCAGGAAAGCACCGAGAAGGGCCAGGAGAAGGGAAAAGGAAAAGAAAAGGGCCAGGAAAAGGGCAAAAAGAAAGGCCAGGAAAGCACCGAGAAGGGUCAGGAAAAGGGAAAAGGAAAGGUGAAAGGCCAGGAAAGCACCGAGAAGGGCCAAGAGAAGGGGAAAGGAAAGGAGAAAGGCCAAGACAAGGGCAAAGGGAAAACCCAGGAGAGCACCGAGAAGGGCCAGGAGAAGGGAAAAGGAAAGGAAAAGGGCCAGGAGAAGGGCAAAGGAAAACCCCAGGAGAGCCCCGAGAAGGGCCACGAGAAGGGAAAAGGAAAGGAAAAAGGCCAGGAAAAGGGCAAAGGGAAAGCCCAGGAGAGCACCGAGAAGGGCCAGGAGAAGGGAAAAGGAAAGGAAAAGGGCCAGGAAAAGGGUAAAGAGAAAGGCCAGGAAAGCACCGAGAAGGGAAAGGAGAAAGGCCAAGACAAGGGCAAAGGGAAAGCCCAGGAGAGCACCGAGAAGGGCCAGGAGAAGGGAAAAGGAAAGGAAGAGGGCCAGGAGAAGGGCAAAGGAAAAGCCCAGGAGAGCACCGAGAAGGGCCAGGAGAAGGGAAAAGGAAAGGAAACAGGCCAGGAAAAGGGCAAAGGGAAAGCCCAGGAGAGCACCGAGAAGGGCCAGGAGAAGGGAAAAGGAAAGGUGAAAGGCCAGGAAAGCACCGAGAAGGGCCAAGAGAAGGGGAAAGGAAAGGAGAAAGGCCAAGACAAGGGCAAAGGAAAGGCCCAGGAGAGCCCCGAGAAGGGCCAGGAAAGCACCGAGAAGGGCCAGGAGAAGGGAAAAGGAAAGGAAAAGGGCCAGGACAAGGGCAAGGGGAAAGGCCAGGAAAGCACUGAGAAGGGCCAAAAAGGGGGCAAAGGCACUAAGUUUGGCCUGGUCACUAGACAGGGCAUGGAAGACCUGUUCGGUUCCAGAGACAACAAUGAUCAGUGGUGGGGUCCCCAGGAAGGCUCCUCCUGGGAAGGUCGUGCUGUUGCACCGGAAAAGAGCCUGCCAGAUCAGUGGGAGGAUCCCCAGUCAAAGAAGCCACGCCGCAGCUUCACGCGGCAGUCCUGGGCCAGUGAUGUUACGGAAGAGAGCCAGGACCAGGUUCGAAAGCUGACAGAGGAACAAAGGGCUCAGAUUGAAGCUCUGGAGAAACCCGAGGACAUCGACCUGGCCGAACGGAAACGCCUCAACGAGGGCCUUCGCCGGCGAAUGAACAAUGCCAGAGGCCAGCCUGUGAGACUACGCAAGGGUCUGGUUGAACAAUGGCAGGCGGCAGUGUCGCCAACUGAGAAGUUUCAAUUCUUGAAGGCAUAUCUUCUCGACCGGGACAUGCCCUCCAUCGAGAUUCAGCCGUACUUCGAGGUCUAUAAGUGCACGGACCACCUGAGAAUCCCGGCUGCAGUUCCUUUGCAUAUCUCGGUCCAGCCUUCGCAGAACCGACAGGAGCGGCAAGCCCUCGCAGACACGCUAGAGAAGAAGAUCGCCGGGAUGAAGACUGGCACGGCCGAGUCAAAGAAAGCAGGGAACAAAGCGAAGUCGAAGAAGGAACUGACAGCCGACGAGAAACUGAAGAAGGAUUUCCAAAAGGAUCACCUGGGGAUUCGUAAUAUGGCCGACAAAGCUGUGCACAUCGCAUCGGAGAUCAGCUCCUGUGGGCUUCUCCACCAAGAGAAAAUGGUGGAAAGCUUGGGGAAAGUCAACACGACGUGCACCAAGAUCUACAAUGAGAUUCAGCAGAUGGUGUUCUCGUGCAAGCCGGUGAACGAAUGCUAUGAAAUACUCGAUGGAUACAAAGUGGAGCUGGAGGAAUGCCAGAAGAAGAUCACCAACGGCGAGGACAUUGUGGAUUCGCACAAGAGCCUGGCUACGGAAAAGAGAAAAAGGGAAAAAGAAGAGAAGAAAGAAAAGCAAAAGCAUGAUGAUGACGACAGGGAUGAUGGAUAUGAUGCAGAUGAAAAAGAUGCCGCCGAAGCCGCCGCAGAGGAAGAAUGGCCGGAGGAGGAUCCUGAACCGCCUGCAAAACGCAGGUAA